AUGGACAGGCAAUCAGUCUACUCGUCGCACGUCUUCCCGGCGACGUUCGAUCAGAACGAUGACAGCAGGGUUCAGACCCAGACCCAACUAGAGAACUUCAUCCUCCACUUCAGACACGACAAUGACUACAUCUACAGAAAUCAACUCAAGGAGAAUGCGCUUCUCAAGAAGCACUACUGCGAUGUCGAUAUCAGCGAUCUCAUCAACUACAACGAGGAACUCGCACAUAGACUCGUGACAGAGCCCGCCGAAAUCAUUCCUUUGUUCGAGGCUGCUCUCAAAAAGUGUACCCACCGCAUCGUAUAUCCUCAACUGACGAAGGUCGACCUCCCGGAACAUCAACUCCUGCUCCACUCCAACGCUGAGGAUGUCUCGAUCCGCAACCUAGAUUCCAUGACAAUCUCGCGUCUCGUUCGAGUGCCGGGCAUUGUCAUUGGCGCCUCUGUCAUGUCUUCCAAAGCUACUUCGCUGUCUAUUCAAUGCCGUAAUUGCGCCCAUACCGCGAAUCUGCCUGUCCUAGGAGGAUUUACCGGCGUCACCCUCCCAAGGCAGUGCGGCAGACAGAGGAUACCUAACGACCCCACACCAAAAUGCCCUCUCGAUCCAUACUUUGUGUCACACGAGAAGUCGAAGUUCGUCGACCAGCAAAUCAUCAAACUACAAGAGGCUCCGGAUCAGGUUCCUGUUGGUGAACUCCCUAGACAUGUCCUGAUUUCAGCAGAUCGUUACCUGACCAACCGCGUCGUUCCCGGUUCGAGAUGUACGGUCAUGGGCAUCUUUUCCAUCUACCAGAACAAGGCAACCAAAAACUCAAAUACUGGUGGCGCGGUCGCUAUCCGUACGCCGUACCUACGGGCAGUAGGCAUCCAGACUGACAUGGACCAAACCGCACGUGGCCAGGCUCUCUUCUCUGACGAGGAAGAGCAAGAGUUCCUCGAGAUGAGCAGGCGGCCUGAUCUGUACAACAUUAUGGCAGACUGCAUAGCGCCAUCUAUUUAUGGAAACGUAGAUAUCAAGAAGGCCAUUCUUUGUCUGCUCCUUGGCGGCUCAAAGAAGAUUCUACCCGACGGCAUGAAACUUCGUGGAGACAUCAACGUCCUUCUGCUUGGUGAUCCUGGUACCGCCAAGUCACAGCUUUUGAAGUUUGUGGAGAAGUGCGCGCCAAUUGCCAUCUACACAUCCGGAAAGGGCUCUUCAGCGGCUGGUCUCACAGCGUCGGUGCAGCGUGAUUCCUCAACUCGCGAGUUCUAUCUCGAGGGAGGUGCCAUGGUCUUGGCUGAUGGUGGCGUUGUCUGUAUCGAUGAGUUCGACAAGAUGCGGGAUGAGGACCGUGUGGCUAUCCACGAGGCCAUGGAGCAGCAGACCAUCUCGAUCGCAAAGGCUGGUAUCACAACAAUUCUCAACGCAAGGACAUCGGUGCUUGCUGCGGCCAAUCCGAUUUUCGGUCGGUACGAUGACAUGAAGACUCCUGGCGAGAACAUUGACUUCCAGACCACCAUCUUGUCACGAUUUGACAUGAUCUUCAUUGUCAAGGAUGAACACACCAGAGAGAAGGACGAGAGGAUAGCAAAGCACGUCAUGGGCAUCCACAUGGGCGGCCGAGGCGUCGAGGAACAGGUCGAAUCUGAGAUCCCAGUCGAAAAGAUGAAGAGGUACCUCAGUUACUGCAAAUCACGUAUGGCUCCUCGUCUCAGCCCCGAGGCUGCUGAAAAGCUCUCUUCCCAUUUCGUUUCCAUCCGUAGACAAGUCCACGCGGCUGAGAUGGAGGCCAACACAAGGUCUUCUAUUCCUAUCACCGUUCGUCAACUUGAGGCUAUUGUUCGUAUCACCGAAUCAUUGGCCAAGUUGACGCUGUCUCCUAUUGCAACAGAGGAGCAUGUAGACGAGGCCAUCAGACUGUUCCUGUGCUCCACGAUGGAUGCUGUCAACCAGGGCAGCAACCAGGGAAGCAAAGAGCUCAACGAGGAAGUCAGCAGAUUAGAGACGGAACUCAAGCGUCGUCUUGCUGUUGGAUGGGGCACAAGUCUCGCGAGUCUGAGACGCGAGAUGGUCGAACAGAAGGGGUACAGCGAGCAGGCCCUCAACAGGACGCUGAUGAUCAUGCAGAGGAGGGAUACAAUCAUGUUCCGGAACCAGGGUGCGCAGGUGUACAGGAAUGCAAUUUGA